CACACAUUCCCACACAGAUCAGGUCUCAGACAGACAGCAGACAGCAACAGAAUGAGUAUGUGUAGGGUUCUAUACGCGGCAUCGGUACUACUUUUCUGCACUUCAGGUGUGUCGGCGCAGCUAGAUGUGUGCGGGCAAGCUCCCCUGAACACCAAGAUAGUGGGCGGUGCGGAUGCUCCAGAAGGGGCGUGGCCUUGGCAGGCCAGCCUACAUCACACUUCAUUCGGUGGCCACUUCUGCGGAGGAUCCCUCAUCAACAGCGAAUGGGUGCUGACCGCCGCCCACUGCUUCACCAGCGUUACCACCUCAGGCCUGACGAUCUACCUCGGUCGACAGUCUCAGGAGGGCAGCAACGCCAACGAGGUUUCCGUGGGCGUUUCUGAGAUCAUCAACCACGCCGAUUACAACUCCAACACCCAGGAAAACGACAUCUCUCUCCUCCGCCUUGCGUCCACCGUAACUUUCACCAACUACGUCCGGCCUGUCUGCCUGGCCGCGUCCGGCAGCACCUACGACGGCGGUGCCAACGUCUGGGUCACGGGAUGGGGCACCAUCGGAUCUGGAGUGCCUCUGCCGUCCCCCCAGACGCUGCAGGAGGUGGAGGUGCCGGUGGUCAGCGAGAGCUCUUGCAGCAGCAAGUACUCCCCUCAGGGCAUCAGCAUCUCCGCCAACAUGCUCUGCGCAGGCCUGGACGCCGGCGGCAAAGACUCAUGCCAGGGUGACUCGGGUGGCCCCCUGGUGGCCAAGAACAGCACUUUGUGGGUGCAGGCUGGCGUGGUGAGCUUCGGUAUCGGCUGUGCCCUGGCCGAGUAUCCUGGCGUCUAUGCCCGCGUCUCCCAGUACCAGAGCUGGAUCACGGAAAAGGUCGGAACCACCAACGCCCCCGGCUUCGUCAGCGUGGCGGCGGACAGCAGCAGCAGCACCACCAACGCUGCGGCAACCAGGAGCCAGCUGACGGGGCUGCUCUCGGCUCUGUGCCUGACAGUCCUCCCUCUCCUCCUCUCCCUCCUCCUCCUCUCCUAGUACAUCUAUUCCUCCUCCCUCUCCUCUCUCUUCUCCUCCUAUCCUAAUACAUCUAUUCCUCCUUCUCCUCCCUUUCUUCUCCUCCCUCUCUUCUUCUUUCUUCUCCCUCCUCUCCUCCUCUGAUAUUGCAUUCAACACCUCCUCUCCUCUCUGGCUCCUUCUUCUCCUUGCUGUGCUUUACAUUUCUCCCUCUUCUCUCCUCUCCUCUCCUGAUACUCCUCUUAGGCCUAACGUAUGUUAUAAAAAUACUGACUGGUUUUCAGUUCAGUUCAUGUUUUUUUGUUGGUCGGUACUGUGUAUAAAGAACAAGAGUUACUGUAUAGUAUACUACUCCUGUUGAAGUAUGCAGUGUACUACUCCACCUCCAUUGAUUUUCUGUAUACAAUGCUCUCUUACUAAUGAAGCAUACUGCUGCACUAAUCCUAUUGAAUACAGUAUACGGUGCCACUCUAACUGAGUUGCUGUAUAUAUAACACUGAGGGACGGGCUUGGGUUUGGGACUUGACCCAGGUCGGAUUCGAACCCGGGUCCCUAUGAUCAUGCAAGCCCAUAUAUGGCCUAUGGCAGUGUUUCUCAACUGGUGGGUCGCGGAGGGGUCAUGGGUGGGUCGCAAUUCUAAAAAAAAAAUCCAACUUUUCCUGCAACAAUUUACACUUUUAUUUUGAUAGGCUAGUGAACUCUGUGUCGUCUGUUGUCAACAGAUACAAUCUGAAUGUUUAUGUGAGAUAGAUAGCGUGCAACCAGUCAUUCGACUCUUGGUUACAUUUUGAGAAUUGCAUUGAAUUGACUUGAACGUUAAAAAAAUUGGGUCGCAACCGAAUGAGAGUGGAAAAUGGUGGGUCCCAAGACUGUUCCAGUUGAGAACCACUGGCCUACGGUAUACAGUAUGGACGAGUGCCUUAGCGUGCUGCACCACAACACCCUGACCACUAAUGCCUCCUCUACUGGAGUGCAUACUACUGCACUCCACUGAAGUAUACGAUGACGUACAGUACUAUAGCCUGUAUGCUAUGCCACUUAUUUAUUGUUCGAUUGAUUGAUUGAUGGUGUUUCCAUAUUGAUGAUGAUGAUGCACUUGUAGACAUGUUGUUUUUUUCAGUAUGUAAUGACGUGUGUGUGUGUGUGUGUGUGUGUGUGUGUGUGUGUGUGUGUGUGUGUGUGUGUGUGUGUGUGUGUGUGUGUGUGUGUGUGUGUGUGUGUGUGUGUGUGUUUAGAAAAUGCAUGUGUGUGAGUGUAUGCGUGCGCGCGCGUGUGUAUGUGUGUGUGUGUGCAGCGUCCAAGGCUGCAUCUUAUUUUUUUACUGUACCGUUUACGGUGUUCUAAGGAUGUAAGGGAAGGGAGGUGUUGUCAUAAGAGGGAUGAACUCUAGUGAAUCCUAAUUAAUUAACAAUUGCACUUCAUUCCUCUCUCUCUGCUCUCUGUCUAUCUGUCAUGAAAGCGAAAGCCCAACUGGGAAAUUCCAACUCCCAUUGUCAUUGUGACACAGCACUCCAUAGCACACAAGUGUCCACAGCCCAUUGCAUUUAUGCCUCAUCCGUGCAAGGGAGCAGUGCUGUGGGACAGUAGCAUGCUCAGGGUCAGUCAUGGAGGAGGAUGAGGGAGAGCACUGAUUAAUUAUUUCCCCCACCAACCUGGCGGGUCAGGAGUCGAACCGGCAACCUUUGGGCUACAAGUCUGACGCCCUAACUGCUUACUCAUGACUGCCCUUAAUGUCAUGUCAGUCAUCAUAUGAAUGUUUCUGUCUAUCUCCAUAUCACUCUAUCUAUUUAUCUAUCUAUCUACCUCAAUCUCUCUCUAUAUACUGUAUAUGUAGGCAACUGUGGCCUAGUGGUUAGAGCACUGAUUCUCAAACUGUGGGCUGGGGCCCACUGGUGGGCCCUGAAGGUAUUCCAAGUGGGCCUUGAAAUCACUUUCUUAAUUUUUUUUGUGUGUGUUGCUGUUGAUUUAUUUGCAUUUUUUUUGUUUAUUGGAUCAGACAAGGGCCCUCGAACAUUUGUGAAAAUUUUAAAUGGGCCCCAAGUUGGAAAAGGUUGGGAACCCCUGGGCUAGAGAGUUGGUCUUUCAAUCUAGGGGUUGCCGGUUCGAAUCCUCCCUGACCUCUCCCUACAUCUCCAUCCAUGGCUGAAGUGCCCUUGAACAAGGCACCUAACCCCACAUUGCUCCAGGGACUGUAACCAAUACCCUGAAAAAUAAUAACUGUAAGUCGCUUUGAAUAAAUGAAAGCAUCCGCUAAGUGCAAUGUAAUGUAAUAAUAUAUCUAUCUGUCAUGUGAAUCCUCAUUCUGUAUGAAUAUUUUCCUCUCCAUAUUAAAGACUAAUCAGCA